AUGGACCGCCACCGCCGGCAUUUCCAUGCGGCUCCAGGAAUGCACAUGAAGAACACCAUGGCUGAAGCCGACGCUUCCCUCUACGACUUGCUCUCGUGGUAUACUUCCGACGCCUGCAAGACGCAUGAUAUCCACAGCGGCUGGAAAGCGGCGGCGUUGGAAUUUCUCGUGACCAAGGAUGUUACCAGGUCCACGUUCAUCGCAAUUGCUUCCAUGCGCAACUCUUUCGACGUCCUCAUGAAGCAGGCGCGCCCGUGGCUGGACAAGGAGCUUCGCAAUUGCCUGGCGUUCGAAGACUGGGCCGUCCACUCGAAGUGGCUGGACGAGUUCGGGGACCUCCAGCUGAGGUACCAGGAUGUCCAGCUCGAGGUCGUCGCCAAGUUCCGCGGGCAGCCCGACGUCAAGGACAGAGUGGAAGUGAUGCUGGUGCGCCUGUGGCAAUUCCGCAAGUUCAGCGACAGCCGUUGGGCCAAUCUGGGGAGGAGCUGGCGCGCGCUACUUUCAGCUGUUGUCGCUGGUUCGGGGUCCUUCCAUCGAUUCACCAUGAGGGAGACCAGCAGCUCCAAGUUCUUCAUCAAGGGGUUCUCCCAGUGGGCCGGGGAGGUUCGGCGGUUCGCCAUCAUGGCCACGAGUUCCACGGUUGUUGACGCCGCUUUACAUGCCUUGCUCAAGGACGACCAGCUCAUGCAGGUCAUUGGGACAGUCGAAGCUGGGAUCCCCGAGGACCUCUGCCGCCAGCAGGACAUCGCAGACGAAGUGUGGGAGACGAUCGCUGACAGCAUCGAUGAACCCUUGCCCUUCUCCCUGUGCGUCGGCGACGUUGUCGCGAAUUUGGGCAGUCUCAGCCAAGGGGGCAUGCCGAACGAGGAGACGUCAGCUAAGAUAUGCCCUCUGUUCCGCAUCGGCUUCGAUAUGGGCGCGAUCGAGGAUGGCUUGGCGCUGUUGGCCAACGUCUCUUUCUCUUCUACUACGGUGGAGCAGGGGCGCGCCGCUGCCAGUGCCAUUAUGAAGAACCACAAGGACUACUGCGCCAACGCGAUGACGUUCCCGAACCUUGUGAAGCAGGCUGCCGCUCUGGUGUCCUCGACUCGGGCCGCGAAGCUCCCGCCGCGUCUUCGAGCCCAGCUUGGGGGUCUGAGGCGCCGCCGGCCCAAUCGCAUUAGUGGGCGCCGCGUGUGCGUGGAGGAACUCUCGCUGCAGGCCCAGUCUGGCCCCGACGGCUGCGCCAGUGGCGCGCGGCCGACGAAAGCCAUCAUCAAGGGCCACGGGAGGGCGUGGCGGGCCAAGUCUGCCCAGGUAAAGCAGCACUACGCCAGGAAGGCGAGUUGGGCUCGCGUGGAAUCAGCCACC